AUGGCGACGAAUGUGACGGUGGAGAUCGAGGCGAAGGAAAUGGAUGAGGGUCUGAGUUUGAUGGAGGAUUUGAAGUCGGGAGCAUUGUUUGUGCUUCUACCUCCUUCUGUUUAUUCUUUACCGUUGUCAACAAACGGAAGGUGGAUCGUUGAUUCGACAACAGGGCGUCGAGUGAAGCUUGUGUGCGUGAAUUGGCCUUCCCACACACAGAGCAUGCUAAUAGAAGGUCUCAACCACAGGCCAUUAAAAGAGCUGGCAGAUGAGGCAAUCAAGUUGAGGUUUAAUUGUGUACGACUCACGUAUGCAACUCAAAUGUUCACUCGUUAUGCAAAUAGGACAGUUGAAGAGAAUUUUGACCUUCUCGAUUUAGAGCAAGCAAAAGCCGGAUUGGCUCAAUAUAAUCCUUUUGUGUUGAACAAGACUAUUGCUGAAGCCUAUGAAGCUGUUGUUGAUGUGCUUGGAGAGAGUGGUUUAAUGGUGAUUGCCGACAACCAUAUGAGUCAGCCAAGAUGGUGUUGCUCCCUUGACGAUGGCAAUGGAUUUUUUGGAGACCGCUAUUUUGACCCUCAAGAAUGGCUACAAGGUCUUAGCUUAGUUGCUCAACGCUUUUCCAAGAAACCAACGGUGGUUGGAAUGAGCCUACGAAACGAGAUACGAGGAACCAAUGAAAAUGCAAAUGAUUGGAACAAUUAUGUUACUCAAGGAGUAACAACAAUCCACAACAUUAACCCAAAUGUUUUAGUGAUUGUUUCGGGCCUAAAUUUUGAUAAUGUUCUUCGAUGUUUAAAAGAGAAGCCCUUGAAUGCAAGCGCCUUAGACAACAAGUUGGUUUUUGAGGUGCACUUGUAUUCGUUCAGUGGAGAUGCAGAGACGAAUAUGGGUACGAUCAGAGAGAGGUUAACGAUGCAGAAAAUCGGUUCAUGA